AUGGCCAAUAUACUGGCACUCCCUGUGGACCAUGUACCCAUUCUAGCGACCUCGUCUUUGUUCACGAGUCUGCGCCAACGGAGGCCUCCCAGUGAAGAUGAUUGGCAGCAUAACGAGUUUUCUUUUGAGCCGUUUGUAAAACGCGAGCUAAACAUUAAUGUCGAUACCGCAGAUAAAAUGUGCCCGCGUUUUGCACAAGGGUCGUGCGAUCGCGGGAGUGCGUGUCCGCUGCGGCAUGCCGUGACGAAACCUGCUCCGCCACACAAUACCACUCGCGACCAGUCGCGCAGGACCGUGUGCAAGCAUUGGCUGCGUAGUUUGUGCAAAAAAGGCGACCAGUGCGACUACUUGCACGAAUAUGACUUGCGCAAAAUGCCCGAGUGCCGCUUUUACGCAACGUUUGGGUUUUGCAACUCUGCAGACGAAUGCCUCUAUGUACAUAUUGACCCGGGCGUAAAGCGGCGCGAAUGCGAGCGCUACGAGCGCGGAUUUUGCGAGCUGGGUCCUCGUUGCCCCAAAAAGCAUGUGCGCCAGGUCGCAUGCCCCUACUAUAUUGCGGGAUUUUGUCCAAACGGUCCAGACUGCAACAUGGGACACAUCAAAGCACGUAUACCGACGCCUGAAUCGCGUGCCGCCACGCCGCUGCUCACGCACCGUCCCUUGUCCAUUGCCGAGGCGUUUGGCGGCGGCCCUGGCAUUCAGGAACUGCCCACCGAUUCACGCACUGGGCGCGCUAUUGUGUCUGCCGAGGCGUGGGCCGCCGCGGAAGAAGCGCGAAAAAUGCCCGCUGCGGGCGCAAAAGAAGUGGGGGCGAGUCGAAGAGAACUAAGCGAGGUUUUGUGCUACAAGUGCGGGGAGUACGGCCAUUUUGCAAACGUGUGCAUCCAUUCGAACCGACCAGGCAAUCGCAGCGGCAUGCGCCGUUAA